AUGAGGGCCGCCGAGUUGACUGAUGAUCCCUGCUAUCCCGAGUAUAUCGCAAGUGCAGUCAAACGGACCGCACGAACCCGGCGAACCUUCCGUCGGCCGGAUGUCCAAACCGACAGAUUAUUUCAAGUUAUGUAUGAGCAUCCGACGGAAGCUAUGACAACCUGUAGCGAAAUGGUUCGUGAAAUCAAGAACGUCAACAAAGGUCUCGAAAAAGUUAUCGCCCUCCAGGAAAGUCUUCAUCGUGAGCAGAUGGCUUGGGCUUUGACUCAGGAACGUCAAGCAUGCCAUCAAGCAUUCAAAACCUCUUCUUACGAAAGGUAUAAGAAUAUUAACCCUGGCCGAGUUGAUGGUACCUGUAGAUGGGUUCUUGAGAAUCCUCAAUACCUUGCUUGGUGGGAAAGUCGGCAUAAUAACAUUCUCUGGAUCACAGCAGAUCCUGGGUGUGGAAAGUCUGUCCUUGCGAAGUCUCUGAUUGACAUUGACUUGAAGAAAUUUGGGUCUCCAUUGAACGUUUGCUACUUCUUCUUCAAAGAUAAUGACGAACAGAACGAUCUAGCAACAGCAUUGUGUGCUAUCCUGCACCAGCUCUUCGAGACAUGUCCGGAUCUCUUACAAUAUGCUUUGCCAUCCUGGCGUAGCAACGGACCAAAACUUCACCAAGAAGUGGAAGAGUUAUGGUGUAUUCUUAUUGCAGCAACAUCUGACUCCGCAUUCCCGAACACUAUUUGCAUAUUUGAUGCGAUCGAUGAAUGCAAAGAAAACGAAGCGCGGCAGUUGAUUAGAAAGCUUGCGCAGUUUCACUCCCAGAUUUCUCCUUGUCUAAACCCGAAGGGGCGAUGGAUGAAAUUCCUUGUAACUAGUCGACCUUAUGAAGAAAUCCAGCAAAAUUUCCGACAGCUCACGGCAUUGUAUCAUCAAAUCCACCUCCGUGGAGAAGAAGAGAACGAUCGAAUCCGUGAAGAAAUCGGGUUGGUUGUGAAGAGCCGAGUAGCUGAGCUAGCUGAAAGCCUAGAAUUAUCUUUCGAAAUUCGAAAACGAAUCGAAAACCACCUUUUACAGAUGGAACAUCGUACCUAUUUGUGGCUUUCUCUUGUAAUGGACGGCAUCCGUACUACAUUCCAGGAGAGUCUUUGUCCCAAAGAUGAACCGAUUCCAUUGGUUCCGCCACCAGUCGAAGCAGCGUAUGAAAGCAUCCUCGAUCGAGUACCAGCAGCCAAAGCAGAAACUGUGAGGAAAAUCCUGCAGAUUAUUGUUCGCGCGAGACAUCCAUUAACGGUGGAGGAAAUGGCCGCUGCUUUGGGCAUUGCUACGUCGUCUGGAUCACAGUCUGCAGCCCAGGCCGGGCUAAACCCGGACGUAUUGAAGAGGAAGAUCCGUCACUUAUGCAGGUUGUUCGUUUUCGUGAAGGAUUCCAAAAUCUUUCUGAUUCAUCCGACAGCUAGAGAGUUCCUGCUUUCUCGCAGUCCAGAGAGCAGAUGGUACUUUGAACAGAGUGAUGUCGAGAACUUGAUGACAAGGAUGUGCAUCCAUUCUUUGUUAAGGGCCCAUUUAGAGAAUGGCCGGUCGCGACAUAAUCCUAAGAAUCAGGCAUCUGAAAUUGACAUCGAUGAACUAGAUGCGGUAGGAAAAAAAGACAUUAUUCCUGGCAUCGGAAAAAGGAUACCUUGA